AAUAUAGAUAUCGUUGAGCCCUGUCUUCUUCCCUGUCUAAAAAACCCCACAAAUGUCGGCGGCAAUUAGAGCCCCAGCAUGGGUUUCAACGAGAAGGCUCUUUGAGCAAAAGCUGGAAGACCUCCAUAAAUGCAAAAAUCUAAACCAAGUAAAGGAAGUUCAUGCCCAAAUAAUCAAAAGGAAUCUCCACGAAGAUCUCUAUGUAACUCCCAAGCUAGUAUUGGCCUUCUCUCAUUGUCAACAAAUGACUUUGGCUAUCAACGUUUUUAACCAAAUUCAAGACCCUAAUGUUCAGUUGUAUAAUACUUUGAUAAGAGCUCACGUGCAGAACUCUCAGUCAUCAUUGGCUUUUGCUGCUUUCUUUGACAUGCAAAAGAAUGGUAUUUUUGCAGAUAAUUUCACAUACCCUUUUCUUUUAAAGGCCUGUAAUGGACAGGCUUGGUUGCCCAUGGUGCAAAUGAUACAUAGCCAUGUGGAGAAAUAUGGAUAUUUUGGAGAUAUGUUUGUGCCCAAUUCACUGAUUGAUAGUUAUUCUAAAUGUGGUUUAUCGGGUGUUAAUUCUGCAUUGAAGUUGUUUAUGGCAAUGGAUGAGAAAGAUGUUGUUUCUUGGAAUUCUAUGAUUGGUGGGUUGGUUAAAACUGGGGAUAUGAGUGGGGCUCGUAAGUUGUUUGAGGAAAUGCCUGUGAGAGAUACAGUUAGUUGGAACACCAUGUUAGAUGCUUAUGUAAAGGCAGGAGCAAUGAAUGACGCGUUUGAGUUGUUUGAGAAAAUGCCAGGGAGGAACGUGGUCUCGUGGUCAACUAUGCUUUCAGGAUAUUGUAAAGCAGGAGAUUUGGAAAUGGCUAGGAUGUUGUUUGAUAAAAUGCCAGUCAAGAAUUUGGUUUCUUGGACCAUAAUUAUAUCUGGAUAUGCUGAAAAAGGGACUGUGCAGGAGGCAGCGAGAUUAUUUGAUCAGAUGGAAGCAACUGGAUUAAAGCCUGACGAUGGAACUUUUAUUAGCGUACUGGCAGCUUGUGCCGAGUCUGGUUUUCUUGGGUUAGGGAAAAGAGUUCAUGCCUCUAUUGAGAGAACUAGGUCCAAGUGCAGUGUUAAUGUGUCUAAUGCAUUGGUUGAUAUGUAUGCGAAGUGUGGUAAAGUGGGCAAAGCAUUAGAUGUGUUUAAUGGGAUGCCAAGGAGAGAUUUAGUCUCUUGGAAUUGCAUGAUCCAGGGGCUUGCUAUCCAUGGACAUGGCGAUAAAGCGCUUCAGCUCUUUUCUAGAAUGCAGCAGGAAGGGUUUAAGCCUGACAAAAUUACUUUGGUUGGUGUUCUAUGUGCUUGUACGCAUGCAGGCUUUGUUGAUGAGGGUCUUCAUUAUUUUAAUACUAUGGAAAGGGUUUAUGGGAUUGUUCCCCACAUUGAGCAUUAUGGUUGCAUGGUUGAUCUUUUAGGUCGAAGAGGUUGUCUUAAGGAAGCUUUUAGGCUCGUGCAGAGCAUGCCAAUGGAACCAAAUGCUGUUAUUUGGGGUACCCUUUUGGGGGCGUGCAGAGUGCAUAACUCAAAGGCACUAGCAAAGGAGAUACUAGAACGACUUGUUACACUUGAACCAUCAGAUCCAGGUAAUUACUCUAUGUUGUCAAAUAUUUUUGCUGCUGCUGGUGAUUGGAAUAGUGUUGCCGGUAUGAGGUUGCAAAUGAAGAGCACUGGAGUCCAAAAACCAGCCGGAGCAAGUUCAAUUGAGCUGGAUAAUGAGGUCCAUGAAUUCACUGUAUUUGACGAAUCACACCCUAAAUCACAUAAGAUUUAUCAAAUGAUUUACAAAUUGGGUCAGGACAUGAAGCAAGUUGGUUGUGUACAACAGGUAGAUCUAUAGAAGUUGGAAGUUAGGCUCGGGUGCAUAAGUUGUUGAGGCAAAUUUUGUGAUGGAGUUUUUUGGGGAGCUCUUUGGCUAUAUUAUAGAGCAGAUGAGAAUUAUCAUGUCUGAGCUUUUUCAUGGUUUUCUGGCUAUUGAAACUCUUGGAUCAAAAGCAGUCAACAGUAAGCUGGCAACACCUACAUUUCCCAUGUCUUUGGAUAACAUUGCAGAUAAAACAGUGGUGACUGGAGAAUGACUUGAAGCUCGUAAACAAUGGACUAGAAAACUUUCUUGAUGCUGAAGCAGAAGAAGAAGGUUGCAAUGAAUCAUUGGCAAGGAGCAGUUAUGUUAGCACCAUUAAUCUCAGUGGCAUGCAAAUGGAAGGAACAGAUACCUAUGAUGAAGACUGCAAUAUGUCUACUUCAAGGAUAUCUCUUGGGGUCAUCAAUAGAAUUGCCUGAAACAAGAGUUGAAUUAAAGAAAGCAAGAGAUGCUAAGAAAGUUUCAUGCUUCAAGAAAUCCUGCCUAUCCUUCUAGUGAUGAUGCUGCCAAUUCUGUUCCAACAAAGAAAAAGCUUAUUAAGAAUAUUAAGAUGAAUCUGCAUCAUAAUGCAGACCUGGUCCAGCAGGAUGAAGACAAUGGAAAAUUUCUUCCAAGAUUCAAGUCAAUGGAAGGGAUAAAAUGGUAGAAGAACAACUUGAAACUUUCUGAAUAUGGGCUGGGUGGAUGUAACUCAACUGGAAACAGGGAACACUGGAUCAAAACAGAUGCAGACUGUUAGUACUGACACAUCUUGAAUAACAUAGAAAUUUAUUUUACUGUAAUUAGUUAUGGAUUUGAAAGUAAUGCACCUUGUCAAUGAUCUGUUACAACAAGGAAACAUGUUCAUCUGGAAAAAAAGAAAAUGAAAACAUGCAUAGAAAUUUAAUAUAUUUAAUUUCUUAUGUCCAUA